UUUUUUUUUUUGCAACGGUUUCUAUGCUGUGCGCCUGAAAUCACGAGGAAGAUUCAUAGAAUAUCCCAAACUGGGAGGGGUCCAUAAGGACCACUGAGUCCAACUGCUGGCUCCACGCAGGACUACCCCAAAAUCAGGCCGGUCUGAGAGCUGUGUCACUCCCUGAGCUCCAGCAGCUCGGGCUGUGCCCACUGCCCUGGGCAGCCUGUUCCUCUGGUGCAGAGCCUUUCCGUGAUAUCCAACCUGCACCUCUCUUGAGAUCCAAAAAUGCCCUGUUUAUUUAAGCCAAAACUCUGGGAAGAGAUCUUGUGAUAGAGAUCUGGAGUGAUUCUCCAUGCUGGGGUCUCUAUGCUCAGGUUUAUUCUUCAUUCCAGAUGAAUAAACUUCUGGUUGGGACUGUUGUCUCUUCCAAACUGUUUCUGACUUGACAGGCUCAAGAUGAGGCACCUGAUAUUUUUUACCAUGUUGUGAGCAUUCACUUCUUCGUGGUGUUUUCAGAAUGACUAGAAAUUAUAAGAGCCAAAUAAAGUAUUUAUUUCAACUUUUCUAUGCUGCGCAGUAUGUUAGCAUUGAUCUGGUGUAUUGUUUGUCUGUUUUUUCAGGAAAAAAAAAGCCCUCUGAAAUAAUAUAAUUUUUGUUAAAAUCCAUUCUCUGGAUCCAGAGGCACGAUUGUUUCACUUUGUGUCCCACCUGUGACCUUGCUCUCAAAUCAGUGUUGUUCAGCCAUGGGAAUGCUCCUCUUACCUUUUAUUCUGCCCAGGCAAUGUGAAUGAAAUGAAAUACAUGCUAUGAGACUUUGGUUCUUACAUCUUCACAAGAGCAUUACUUUUUUAGUAUCAUUUCACAGGCAUCACCGUAGAACCCUCAACAGUUUGAAAGCUAUGUUAAUCUGCAGUUUACAUUUGUUAUUAAUGCCUGAGCCAAUGCACAUGAUUACAUGCUUUCUACUGAAUGAAGAAGGUUUGACUUACAGUUAAUUUCAGAGUUAAUUGAAAUAUUUCUGAGCCUAACAAUGCUGGUGACAAUUAAAAUGCAGUCCCAUGAGCACAUGUGGGAAAUGGACAGGAGAACGCAAGGCUUCAGAUUGCCUCCUUAGUUUGUGGUGUCAGGAGAUAGAUGGCAGAUAUCAAAACAGGCUGCAGGAGCAGAUAGUUCAGCACGACUCUUCAGUAACCAGACUGAAAUGUUAAGCUCCCUUAAAAAAUGUCCCCAGAUGCUUUUUGUUAUGCUUAAGAUAUCUACUGCCUCUCAGUAAGAAACAGGAAUGGAAGUGUAGCUCUGUGUUACAAGCCUCUUCCGAGGCACAUGCAGCUGGCUCUUGGGUGUUCCCUAAAGCUUCAGCAUUUGGGUGGUGUAAAAACUGCUUUGCAGAAGUUAUUUCCAGCCUCGGUGUGUCUGUGGUACGGUAAGGCUGCCACCUGUUUUGUUAUGCUUUUGAUUGACUGACCUUGUAAAACACAUCCUGUGCUGCUUUUGUUUUUCUGUUUGCUGACGACAGGCACAAGUCAUCACGAUGCCAGCACUGCCACUGGAUGAACUCCAGCUUACAGAAAAGGAUCCCAAGACAGGGAAGCUGAGAACCUUACCGGCACUGACCGCCACCUGUUGUCAGAGACCCUGCCUUAGUGGAAGAAUUCUUGGAGCGAGCAAAAUUCAUUGCAGAUGAUCUGGACUGGCUUCUGGCUUUGCCUCAUGAUAAGUUUUGGUGCCAGGUAAUAUUUGAUGAGACACUUCAGAAAUGCCUGGAUUCCUACCUGUGCUAUGCCCCUCGCAAGUUCGACGUGUCGUUGGAUUGCCAUCCAGAGGUGAAUGACAUGCAGAAGCGUCUUCAUCGCAGCGUGUUUCUCACUUUCCUAAGAAUGUCCACUCACAAAGAGUCCAAGGAUCACUUUAUCACUCCCUCUGUCUUUGGAGAAAUUAUCUACAACAAUUUCCUGUUUGACAUCCCUAAGAUACUGGAUCUCUGUGUGCUCUUUGGAAAGGGAAAUGGUCCCCUGCUCCAGAAGAUGAUUGAAAACAUCUUCACUCAGCAGCCGAGUUACUUCAGUGACCUGGACGAAACUCUGCCCACUGUCCUCCAGGUGUUCAACAAUAUUUUGCAUAAGUGUGGCCUGCAGUGUGAAGGAGCCUCUGCUGAGCCCCAGAAAUUGGAAGAAAGAGUAAAUGUGACUCCAGGGAACAUGCCCCUCCAGGAGCUGAAGGAUAUUGUGCUGUACUUGUGCGACACUUGCACAACACUCUGGGCGUUUCUUGAUGUCUUCCCAUUGGCUUGCCAGACCUUUCAAAAACACGAGUUUUGCUACAGGUUAGCAUCCUUUUAUGAACUGGCAAUUCCUGAGCUGGAGUCUGCCAUUAAGAAGAGGCAUUAUGAAGAUAGCAGUGUUUUUGCUGAUUUGUGGAGGAGAAUUUCGCAUUCCAGGAAGAAGGUGAUGGAAGCUUUUCACAUCCUCAUAAACCAAGUGUGUCUGCAGCCAAUCUUGGAGAGCAGCUGUGAGAAUAUUCAUCCUUACAUUGAAGAAUUCCUGCAGAUCUUUACUUCGAUACUUCAGGAAAGGAGAUUUCUCCGGGACUACGAUGAGCUGUUUCCAGUUGAGGAUGAUGUCAGUCUGCUUCAGCAGGCGUCGUCCACGCUAGAUGAGACCAGGACAGCCUAUAUCCUCCAGGCAGUGGAAAGUGCAUGGGAAGGUGUAGACAGGAAAAAAGCACAAGUCGCUCAAGAUCCAGCAGCAGCAGCAGCGUGUAAUGGAGCAUCAGCAAUGGUGGAGGGCUCUGCUCAGGAUAGAGAGGAGCUUGGGGCUGCGUAUGCAUCGGAAGAUGAGUGUGCUGGUGCAGCUGCUGCACCCGCUGCCAAGGUGUCCGGGGUGGAGCUGGACUCUCUGAUCUCUCAAGUGAAAGAUCUGCUGCCAGACCUCGGGGAGGGCUUCAUCCUGGCCUGCCUGGAAGAGUACAGUUACAGUGCAGAGCAAGUGAUCAACAACAUCCUUGAAGAUAAGCUGGUGCCAUUCUUGGAUAAACUGGACCGAACAAUGCAAAGACAACCAAAGCCAGACCCUACACCUCUGGUCACUGCUCGCUACAAUGUUUUCCAGAAUGAUGAGUUUGAUGUUUUCAGCAGGGAUUCAGUGGAUGUUUCUCGGAUACAGAAAGGCAAGCGGAGGGAGAAGGACACAACCAGGAGCCUGCUGAAUGACAAGCGCCUGGUCGCCGAGCAGAGGGAGCGCUACAGCCAGUACAGCGUGGUUGUGGAGGAGGUGCCCGUGCAGGCAGGAGAAGCUCAGCUCUACGGGGAGGACUACGAGGACGAGUACGAUGACACGUACGAUGGAAACCAAGUGGGGGCGAACGACGCUGACUCGGACGACGAGCUGAUCAGCAGGAGGCCGUUCACAACUCCUCAAGUUCUGAGACUUAAAGGACAGGAGGAAGGGCAGGAGGAGGAGGAAGAGGAGGAAGAAGAAGAAGAGGAAGUUGAAAAGGAAAGACCAAAGGACCACUUUGUGCAGGACCCAGCUGUGCUGAGGGAGAGGGCUGAAGCCAGGCGGCUGGCUUUCCUUGCAAGGAAGGGGUACAAGCACAACAGCUCUGCUGUUGUUGGGAACACGAAGGGGCACGGGCAGAACCGGGAAACGGUGCAGGAACGAAGGAAGAAGGAAGCAAACAAAAGCACAAGAGCGAAUCACAAUCGGCGAGCCAUGGCCGACAGAAAGCGGAAUAAAGGCAUGAUUCCUUCCUGAACACCUUCCAGCUGCUGCGUCAGCCCCGCUCCUCUGCUUUGGAGGCAGCUGUGCUCCAUUCCCUCUGCCCUCCCUUAGCUCAGGGGGCUGGAUGCCGUGGCCCUUCAGCUCUUUGGGAACUGCACGCCCUGCGGGAGAGCUGCCUCUUCCUGGAGAGGAGCUGCCCUCUGUGCACACCGUGGCCGCUCCUCGGUCUGCGGAGAGACGUGUGUACGGCAGCGAGCUGCACCCCGGGUGCAUGGCGCAGGCUGCCCCAGCCAUUCACUUCUUUUUGUACUAUUUAUAAUUCCAAGAGUUUUAUUUUCCUACUGGCUCCUCCCGCCCUCGCUGCAGCCCGCAGGAGCUUCCAGGCCGUGCAGUCGUGGCAAGGCUUCCCUGGGGCAGCCCUUCCAGCUGCCUGCUCAGGCUGAGCAUUGCUGACGGGCACACAGGCGUUGAGGUGAAUGAGUCUGUGCCAUACGUUUCUGUCCCUCGAGCAAGGCGUGUGGAAAACCGAACGUACCAAUAAAUGAUUGAAGCCUUGUA